GAUGGAUAUCAGAGAACAUUUUGUUCUGAAGAGCAGGCGGUUGCUCAACAAGAGUCUUUAUGGUCUUUAUCUUGAUAACACAAGUCACACCAAGCUGCAUGUUUGGAGGAGAAACUAACGACAUCAGAAAUGGGUGAAAGGUCCUGCAGACUGGAAUUUUCCCAACUUCUUUACUCCUCAACGCGAACCAGAUGUUGUGUGCUCCUGGCCUGUGCCCCCUCCCCACACUCCCUCGCACACCCCCGACACACCCCCUCCUCUCUGCCUUGCCCCUCCCUGACUCCCCCAACCCUUCUACUCUCUCCCACCCUUUGUUCCCCCCCUUCCUUAAAAAUGCAGUGUCUGUGCGUCCCUCCCUCAUAUCGUCCGAGGCCUGACUCUGAGGAUGGACUGUGCACUGCUGCUGCUCUCCCUGUGGGCUCUGGCUGGAACGGUGUCCCUGCAGACUUCAGGGUCGUGUCCGGAAAGACUUCUGGGAGACGAGAGGAGGAGGACGUGUCCUCGGCACUGCAAAGACGACAAAGACUGUGGCAGCAAGCGCCAGUGUCUGUGUGACGGCCAGUGUGGUCUCAGCUGUGUGGCUCCAGGUCGUACUUGUCCCUGGCCUCUGCCCUCCAGUGAAAACUCCGCGGCCCACCUCCUCUCACCCACUCACUCCUUCUCGGCCCUGCUUGAAGUGCGCUGCCAGCCUGGAUUCUCGAUGCCCAAUGGCUUGGAUGCCACUAUUCGCCGUUGUCAGGGUGACCGACAGUGGAGCGGGGAUGAGCCCGUCUGCACAGAGACUCAGUCGGCCGAACCUACUGCUGCCCAGACCUGCCCUCUGCCUGAGGAGGUCAUCGACACCUUCAGCAUCCAGGGCAACGCCACUGUAGGAACCUCCAUCCGCUACAGCUGCUUGUCUGGAGCCGAUAUAGUGGGGAGCAGUGAAAAUUUCUGUCAGGACAAUCACACCUGGCAGUAUCCUCAUCCCAUCUGCAAAAAGGUGUACUGUCAGCCUCUACGCGACGUGGAGCAGGGCUACGUGGUGGCCGUGCAGAAGACUGAAUAUGAGGUCGGCUUUGACAUCCACUACCUCUGCAAGAAAAACUUCCUCCUGGACGGACCCCAGAAGGUCACCUGCCUGUCCAAUGGCAGCUGGAGCGCGUCGCCCCCUCACUGCAGAGCUCGCUGCCUCAUCCCUGCUGAGAGGAGCCGUGUGAUGAUCGGCGGAGUGAAGCGUUGGCCGUUUGACGUGACAGACGCCAUGGUUCCUCACGGAGAAAAGGUGGCGUUCUACUGCAAGCACCCUCCCCAGCAGUGCAGCUUUACUGCGAUCCAAGCGUGCUUUGACGGAAAGCUGGAGCCACCAGCAUGCUACCUGGAGCCCACGUGGCUGCAGUUUAAACUCUUCCCUCAUCGGCUCAUCUCGGAGAUCGAAGAGUGUGAGCAUGCUGACGUGGAGGGACGACCUCGCACGUCUGACCCCGGCCCACCACCCCACACUCAACACUAAACCCCCCCUGAACUCACACCAGCAGCUGUCUCCUUCAGAGAGCUCCACCAUCCUGCUGCUUUGACGAUCAUGGUCAGUUGGACGCUGGUGUGAAGGUGGGAUUAUAACCUCCAGUGUAACUGUCAUCCUCCUCCAGAUGCAAUCAUAGACCCCCAUGAUGAUUAUGUAUAUAUAGUACAAUAGUGCGUGCUAUAGUAGUUAUGUUCAUGUAACCUUAUGACUCUGUGACAUCUCACUGCGCGAUCUCUCUCCUGGUUCAGUCUGACGCAUCAAGUCUUAAGGCUUGUAAGUUUAAAUGAUGUGAGUGAUUUGAAAUAAAAACAAUGUAGAAACGG